CACACAUUUUCUCCAGUAUGUUCUAAAAUGAAGACAGUGGCCAACAUCUAACAGUGUGGAGGACUUGUACAGGACAAUGUUGAGAUUCAACAUGCGUGCGUGGAUCCUCGUGUUGCUUUCUGCAGGAAAACUGUACAGUGAGGACUUUGGUGGGUGCGAACAGCAGCCGUGUCAAAAUGGCGGACUAUGUGAAAGCCACUCCGGAGGAUUCCGUUGCCUUUGUUCGCAGCAGAGCCAAAAUGGACGCUUGUAUGGUGGAGAGAACUGUACAAUUCCUCUUUUGGGCUGUGACGAAAGCCAGUGUGAGAAUGGAGGAAUAUGUUCUCCCUCGUUUUCGAACAACCAACACACCUACAUGUGCAUCUGCCUUCCAGGUUACACCGGGCCAAAAUGCCAGACCUCCACCACAUUCUCAUUUGAGUCACGGGGAUAUAUGUAUAUCAACACCGAGCAACUGGACCCAGAAUCUCCUCUUAAUGUGACCUUCAGCUUUAGAACAGAGAACCCAACAGGUACUCUUUUUCAGUGUAGAGUGGAUGACUUGCUCCUCACCAUUGAGCUGAUGGAUGGGCAGCUGCGCCUCCUCAACUUGAGAGAUCAAGGCACCAGCACUCUGGUUCAAGAACUCCCAGAGUAUUUGUCCAACAACAAGUGGCACACAGUUGAAGCAUCUCUGGGCGGUGUGGUCAGUUUCAUCAGGUUGCUCUGCAGUGAGGUGAGCUGCAUCACGGCCUCGGGCGUCAACGUGCAGCCGAUGGAUCAAGCUGCCACUCUGCCGGAGCCAGGAGUUGUUCGACAAAGCCUCUUUGUUGGAACCUUUGGGUGGAACGGGGCUUCAGGUGGAGUCGAGGACAGAGCAGAGGAUCCACCAGCCUUUCUGGGCUGCUUUAGGGAUGUCUUAGUAGAUUCUCGUCUGGUGCUGCCUGGUGACGUGCCAAAAGAUUCAGACGUCCAGGCAAACAUCGUAGCUGGAUGCAGUGACAGAGACAAAUGUGAGGACAGCCCAUGUCAGAACAGAGGGCGGUGUGUGAGCCAGGGCUGGAGGAGGUACGCCUGUGAAUGCCACAGGCCAUAUGAAGGAGACGACUGUGCAGAGGAGUACAUCACUGGCAGGUUUGGAAACAAAGACCUUGAGAGCUAUGCCAUGUUCUCAUUAGACAAUGAUCCAGGGGAUUCUAUCAUUAUAUCCAUGUUCAUUCGCACCAGACAGUCCAGUGGUCUACUUCUCAUCCUGACCAACACCACCAGCCAGUAUCUUCGCCUAUGGCUGGUGGAGGGCAGGGUCAAAGUUCAGGUCAACAACUUUGAGACUCUUGUCGGUCGGAACACUGUCAACAAUGGCCACUUCCACCUGGUUGCUGUGAAGCUGGAAGGAACUGCAGCCACUUUGUUCCUGUCAGCUCAAACCCAGGGCGCUAUGGCCAUCAGGCGAGUCCAAGCACAUCCUGGCGAUUUGGUCUUUGUUGGAGGUCUACCAGAUUCAAGAGCCUCGGCUUCAUUUGGUGGCUACUUCAAGGGAUGCGUCCAGGAUCUGAGGAUUAACACCAAGCACCUGCAGUUCUAUCCAGUAUCAACUCCUGUGGAGUCGUACAACCUGGAGAAGCUUGUGGGCGUAUCAGAAGGAUGCAGCAGCGACAACGCUUGUGCUGUCAACCCUUGUCUCAAUGGAGGCGAGUGUUACUCUAUGUGGGAUGAUUUUAUCUGCAGCUGUCCCCCCAACACAGCAGGUCAACGGUGUGAGGAGGUGAAAUGGUGUGAGCUGUCUCCCUGCCCUGUUACAACCAUCUGUCAGCCCCUCUCCCAAGGCUUUGAGUGUUUGUCCAAUGUGACGUUCCGGCUUGAAAACAGAAUUUUGUGGUAUCACAGCAACAAGAAGAUUAAGUCCAACCUCUCCAGUGUCUCCCUCAGCUUCCGCAGUAGGCAGUCAGAGGCCGUUUUGCUUCAUGGUCAGAGAGACUCUGAUUACAUAACGGUCUCUCUCCUUGACUCUCGUUUGGUUAUGGAGCUCCUGGGUGGGGCUGAUAACGACUCUCUGAAAGUGACAGCAGAAAGCCUGGCUCCACUCAGUGAUGGUGAGUGGCACUUUGUAUCAAUCAGCAAAGAGAGACAGUUUCCAAUAUCCAGGUGGAUCAUGGAUGUAGACGGACACAGAGAGUACAUCAGUGUCUCAAAAGCAGCAGUUGGGAACUUGAACUUUCUCAGGGAUGCAGCAGACAUUUUCCUGGGUGGCCUAAGCCAGGAAUCUGGAUCGACUUUUUCAGGAUGUCUAGGUCCAGUGGAGAUUGGGGGUCUUCAUUUACCAUUCCAUCUGGAGACAGAACUGAACCUCCCCAGACCUCAGGAGGAACAGUUUGUGAGGGGCAACAGCGAUAAUUCACCACAGUACGGAUGCCGGGGAGCCAAUGUGUGUGCUCCAAACCCAUGCCAGAACGGGGGUAUGUGUGAGGAUCUGUUCGACCAGCAUCAGUGCACCUGCCCCUCUGAAUGGACAGGAUCACUAUGCCAAGACCAGGCAGACAAGUGCAACUCUCACCCAUGUGUAUACGGUAACUGUACUAACCUCUCCGAGGGCUAUAAGUGUGAUUGUGAGCCAGGCUUCACUGGUGAACAGUGCGAGGUCGAAAUGGAUAUGUGUGAAAACAGCAGCUGCAAUUAUGGCGCCACCUGCCUGAAAGGCUUCCAGAGCUACACGUGUUUGUGUCCUCGGAACAUGACAGGACAUUUCUGCGAUGUUAAAAUCCCUGAAACUCCGUGGUACAUAGAGACAGAUCCACUUCCUCUGUUGCCUGCCUCUUUCUGCGCGAGUACAAGAUGGAACUACAGCUGCUUUAAUGGAGGAAACUGCUCUGAAGUUGACAAUACCUGCUACUGCCUGCCUGGAUUCACCGGUCAAUGGUGUGAGAAAGAUAUAGAUGAAUGUGCCUCAGACCCGUGUAUGAACGGAGGCUUCUGCAUCAACUAUGUGAACAGCUUCGAGUGCGUGUGCGACAUGAACUACUCGGGCGUGUACUGCCAAAUGGACGUCAGCGACUUCUACAUGUACCUGUUCUUAGGCCUGUGGCAGAACCUCUUCCAACUCGUGUCUUACCUUGUCAUCCGCCUCGAUGACGAGCCGGAGAUCGAGUGGGGGUUCCACGUCAACGAUUAGGCAAAACCAAACGGACCAAACUUUGUGUAGACGGUCAAUCAUUUAUAUACACCCAUUCUUUUUGUAGACUCUUAUGUUUUUGGUUGAGGCAUAAUGUGUUUGGACAAUUGCUAUGAUGCAUAACCAUGUCUAGAGGAAUUUGUUUCUGAUAAUCGAUUAGCAUCUCAAAAACUCAACUUAUACCUGAACUAUGACCUCAGAUCCUAAAGGAGUUGAGAAGGAGGCUGCAUGGAUUGAUAGAGAGAAGCAGGAAGUUCAAAUCAUCUAUCAUUUCUACCAUCGAUAGUUUCCCCAACUCCAACAUCUGUCUGCCCGGCUUUCUGAUCUUAAGGCCAGACAGAGAUUUAAACAGGAGUGGCAAAAGCAGAUGAGGUGGACUAGCAGUGCUUGCGUCAUCCAGGACAUGUUGAUGUGGAAUUCUGACAUUUUGAAGAUAGGAGUCACGACAUUUAAAUUCCUUUUGAGAUAAAUACUUUUAAAUUGAACAUGAACUUCUAGUUAACGUGUGCCGAGGUCAUAACCGUAAUUCAAUUCAAGAAUAAUACACUAUUAAAAUCUAUCAUGUUUCAGGACCUCAACCCCAAAUAGCAUUAGCUUCUUCAAAAAAACAGACUUUACUUGUUUUUCUUGCUUUUAUUCUCUGUUCAAUAAUUAUUACAUUUGCUUUGCAUAAACUCUUCCUCAUAUUUUCUUAUUGUAGCUGACAUUGUGUCCAGUGUCCUCCACAGCUGGACGGUCCUUCUGUCCUCUUCUUGUCAGAAUCUGGUCCGUUCCGCGCAUGCUAGCUCGCUAGCUUACCGAGCAACGCGGCUCCAUGCGUUUGACUGUCAGCCAAUCAGAGACGAGCAUGGCAAAGAACAUAAACAUAUGAGUUUAUUGUGACUUAUACACUUAUUGUGUUUUAUAAUAAUAAUAAUAAUAAUAAUAAUUGAAGAAACAUUUGUUUUGAAGAUUUAAAAAUAAUUGAAAUUUGAUUUAAUUUUUUAGUUGGACUUGUUUUUCCUCAUUUCCAGUUUUUUAGCGCCCCCUGGAGGUCCUUCCACUUUGAAAAAAGUGAUCCCCCUGUCCAGCUCACAAGUUGGGGAAACCACUUUUCAUUUGAAGGUACACCCAUCAUUUUCUUAUGUC